AUGAAAGAGUCCUUUCGUCCCAUCCAUCAAGGCACUGCGAAUGCAUUACCUUUACUUGUCGACCAGGUCUAUUCACCACCACCACUACCACCACCAUCACGAGUCAUCAGUAGAAGCAAUACAACUUUCGUUCCACUAACUAGAAAGCCAAAUUUACCUAAGCAUUCUAUUGACUUGAAUAUUGACAUAAAAUGGACAAGAGUUCUGAUGCUGCCGACAUCUGGAGACUGCAAUAAAAUGCAAAGCAAAGUAAGUCGGUGCAUUUGGUACAUAAUAAUUCUGUACACAUUUAUUUGCUUCUAUUCGAAAGGCAAAGUAUGUAAGGUAGGUAUUUUAAUCCGUACAUUUAUGCAUGAACACAAAACUGGUAAAGUGACUGUGAUUUCGCUUGGAAAAUUUAAUGAUCAGUUGGCCAUGCUCAUUUAUCAGAAACUGGCAUUUGCAGUACAUUUGUUUUUUUAUUCCUACUCAAAGACACCAUAUUUACCCCUUCGGUGGGCGAAAAUUCAUACACAACGCCUUCGGGUCCAUCGGAUGCUACAAAUGCAAUUGAAUAAAUUAAGUCAGCACACUGAGUGUUUUACCCUUCUAAAAUGCUGGAGGGAAAAACAUACUUAA